AUGGCCGGUAUCGCUUGGGUAUAUCGCCUGAAGAAGGACCAAGUAGUCAGCGAAUUGCGUAGACUAAACCUGCCUACGCUGGGAACGUGGGUCCAGCUACGGACCAGCCUGGCAGACUACGUCCGAGAACACCAGGACGAGUUUGCAGACAAACCAGAAGACGAGCCGGGAUACAAGGAGGAAGCCGACCAGACCCGAGACUACCACGAAUUCCACGCGGAGAUGGCCCGAGAAUGGCUCCGGACACACCUGGGGAACCGUCCAGCCACGGCCACAUCAACACCCAACCGUAGAGACGAUACGAACGCCGAGAUGACGGCAUUUCCGGCAGGUCCAUCCGCUCCACCAGAACCAGCCGCCCGACAUCACGAGGACCGGGCAAAAACAAUGGAGAUUAUGCGAAAAUGGAACUGCCAUUUCGACGGACGAGACCCGUACGCGUUCCUGGAGCAAUUAGAAGAACUACAGGAAGCAUACGGCCUAACCGACCACCAGAUGCGCUCGGGCUUCACUCAGCUAUUACGAGGCGAAGCCCAAAAAUGGUACAGAAAUACAGCCGUCAAAAUACGCUCGUGGCAGGACCUCCAGGAACAGCUACGAAGAUUCUUCGUACCAGCCGGAGAGAAAAGGCGAUUGGACCAGCAAAUCGCCAGCCGGAAGCAAGGUCCAGACGAGCCGCUAAGGACCUUCAUUAACGAGAUAACUACGUUAAUGCGCCGCAGAGGUGCAUACACCGAGGUAGAGCUGCUGGACGCAAUCUACUUCAAUAUGAAGCCAGCGUUCCGGCUCUACAUCAACCGGGCGCUAAUUAAAGACGUAAGCGAGCUGAUCACCAGGGCGGAAACGGUAACCGAAAGUAUGACCGCAGAACAGGGCACCACCAGAAGAAGCGAAGAACAACGCACGACCAGGCCCGAACCACGACCGAGAACACCAAACCCGACCAGAGGCAGCAAAGUCGCGACCGACUACAACCGGGAGACGCACUGCUGGCGAUGCGGCCAGACAGGACACGACCGCUUCAAAUGCCCGAACUCGGCGGUCAGAUUCUGCUCCUACUGCGGGAAAGUAGGCGAGAUGACACGAACCUGCCUAUGUGCAAGGCAGGGAAACGCCGAGAGGGGCCGGACAGACCCGGCCCCAGUAAACCAGCCAACAAACACAGACCAGCGCGGAAGCGAGACAAACCUUCCACGCAAGAAGAACCAGGAGAAGAAGGAAAAGCCGAACCAGCCAGGAGAAGACCGGAAGACCGUCCAUUGCCAGAUCGCCGAGAACCCUCGGCCAACGGCCGUUGCAAACGACCGGAUCAUCAUCACCGUCCGAGUAGGACAAUGUUACGUGGAAGCCCUACUCGACACAGGAGCCGCCGCGUCGUACAUCAGCGACGAGACGGCCGAAAUCUGCAAGCAAGCAGGAUGGGAGAUAGAAGAUCACCAGCUAUCCUCCUCCUUAGCCAAUGGUCAAGAAAUGAAAAUCUACGCCAGCUAUAGGGGGCAGGGACUGUUCAACGGCAUGCGUAGAAAACACCGCUUCUACGUCAUGCCAAAUUUGGCCUAUCCUAUGCUAAUUGGCAUGGACCUAUUACGCAGGCUUGGCCUGCAAGUCUGGCUAGGAGAGCAACGCGUGGACAGGAAAGACGCCCAGAACCAGCCGACAAGUCUACCUGUCCCGUGUACGAUAAAAGCGCCAAUUGGCCUGGCAGAGCUCACACCAGAUGACCAGGAGCAGCUCGACCAAUUCCUAAGGCGCGAGAAGAGAGCGUUCGAGGGGAUACAAGGGCCCACCCCGCUAAUCGAGCACGAGAUCCGGCUCGAAGAAACGACGCCGAUAAAACAACGGUACCGACCACGCAACCCGGCCAUGCAGAAACUGAUCGACGAGGAAGUCGAAAAGAUGCUGACAGACGGGGUAAUACAGCCGUCUAGCAGCCCAUGGAGUUCACCCAUCGUCAUGGUGAAGAAGAAGGACGGGAAAUACCGUUUCUGCGUGGACUUCCGGAAAUUAAACCAGGUCACGCGCAAAGACGCGUAUCCGCUGCCGCACGUCAAUGCGACACUCGACAAAUUGCGGGGAGCAAGAUACCUCUCCACAAUAGACCUGAAGAACGGCUACUGGCAAGUUCCGUUAUCACCGGAAAGCAGACCACUAACCGCUUUCACAGCACCAGGACGAGGACUAAUGGAAUUCGUCGUCAUGCCAUUUGGACUGCACUCGGCACCGUCAACAUUCCAGAGACUCCUGGACCGAGUGAUUCCACCAGAAAUGGCGCCGCACGCCUUCGCUUACCUAGACGACAUCGUCAUAGUCACUUCCACGUUCGAGGAACACCUACGGGUCCUGACCGAGGUCUUCCGGCGACUUCGGGCGGCGAAACUACGCCCGAAUUGGGAAAAGUGCCACAUGGCACGAAACAGUCUAAAAUAUCUUGGACACAUCGUGGACAACGAAGGCCUGCGGACAGACCCGGAAAAAGUAUCAGCCGUAGCGGAAUUACCGCCGCCAGCCAACAUCAAGGACCUGAGGCGAUUUUUGGGCCUCCUAUCCUGGUACAGACGCUUUGUACCGGACGUCUCAAAAGAGGCGGCCCCACUGACAACCCUCCUACGCAAAGACGUACGGUGGACGUGGGGCAAGAAACAACAACAGGCGUUCGACGAGCUAAAGAAGCGCCUCAUCGAUUCACCAGUCCUGGCUAUGCCGGACUGGAAUAAAACGUUCAUCCUACAGACCGACGCGAGCACGGAAGGCCUGGGAGCCGUGCUCACACAAGAAGACGACCAGGGCGAACGAGUCAUCGCCUACGCCAGCCGGACCCUGAACAAUGCCGAGAAAAACUACUCGGCCACCGAACUCGAAUGUCUUGCAGUGAAAUGGGGCAUCUGGAAGAUGCGCCACUACCUGGAGGGAUACCAUUUCAUCGUGGUCACUGACCACCAAUCCCUAAAAUGGCUAGAGAAAAUCGACAGCCCGUCAGGACGACUCGCACGAUGGGCAUUAGAACUCGGCCAAUGGGACUUCGAAAUCCGCUACCGACGAGGUCCAGAGAACACGGUCGCCGACGCCCUGUCACGGCGACCGCAACCAGUCUGCGGCAUCCAGCAACCAGCACAAGGAAACUGGUACAACAGGAAGUACCAGGAAGUCGAAAACAACCCAGAGGACCACCCGGAGUACAGGAUCGAUAACGGCAUCCUGUACAGGAACAUCCUACACACAUUGGACUUCAACGAGAUUGAACCGGACCAACAAUGGAAGAUCUGCGUACCGGAAAACCAGAAAACCAGGGUCCUGAGAGAGGCACACGAUAUCCCGACCGCCGGACACCUUGGCGUGGCCAAAACGCUUGCACGCCUGGCCCAUUCAUAUUACUGGCCAGGGAUGCUACGCGAAGCCACAAAAUACGUCAGGGACUGUACAAGAUGCCAGGAAUACAAAGUAAACCAGCAGGCCACCCCAGGAAACAUGUACGCAACCAACGUACAGCAGCCAUGGGAAAUGGUUUCCGCAGACCUCGUCGGGCCUCUCCCGAGGUCAAAGACCGGAAACACGUCACUACUGGUAAUCCAGGACCGGUUCACGAAGUGGAUAGAACUCCGACCGCUUCGACGAGCGACCGGACCAGCCGUCGCAAAGGCUCUAAGAGAAUUGGUCAUCCUACGCCACGGAACACCGCGUGCCGUAACCACCGACAACGGCAAGCAGUUUGUCGGAAAAGAGUUCGAAAAAACUCUUACCGAAAGCGGCAUUAAGCACCGGCGCACACCACCGUACGCGCCGCAGUGCAACCCCGUGGAGCGAGCCAACAGGGUAAUAAAAACGAUGAUCAGCCAGGACCUGGGAAAGACGCAAAAAGCGUGGGAUGAACAUCUCCCAGAAAUCGCAUUUGCGUACAACACGGCACGACACGACUCCACCGGAUACACACCGGCAUACCUCAACACCGGUAGAGAACUAACACCUCCAGGAAGCCUCCAACAGGAGAACCAGCGAAGGACAACCACCCCAUGGGCAACACGUCUCAAAAAUUUGAGAGACGCCCAGGAACUCGCCCGGACUCGACUCGCCCAGGAGUUCCAACGCCAGCAACGCCACUACAACCAACGGCGGCGCAACUGGCAGCCGAAAAUCGGCGAACGCGUGUGGAAACGCACACAUAUCCUGUCCAGCAAAGCCGACGCGAGGAAUGCGAAACUCUCGAAGAAAUACGACGGACCCUUCAGGGUCCACAAGCGAGUCUCACCGGUAAUUUUCGACCUAAGGGACCGCCAAGGAAAACGCGUGGACCACGUCCACGUCAGAGACCUAAAACCGGUGACCGGCACAAGGAACACGGAGCUGCGCAAAGCUACUACGCAGCCAAGCGGCAGCAGCGAGCCAACGCGCAACGUCAACGCGCAGGGGCGCGACGUCACAGGCCCCCUCCCCGCCGGACACGGACCAGCGGCUAUAAAAGGCCAGCAGCAGCGGCAGAGAGCUCAGACUCGAGAUGGCUGCAAGACAGCUGGAAGAGGAGAUUUCGGCAGCUAUACGCCGCCUAAACCUGCAGGAAAAGGCAGAGCACAACCCGCUAACCCUAACGCCACAGGAGUGGAAAAAAUUCAUACGCCUAAGGAUGCCACGGAGUGCCUGGUGCGAGGCGCCAACCCGCAGAGCAACCAGACCGGCCCGGGUCCAGACACCGGCCAGGCGACCGCCCGUCACCGGGCUAACACCGGCGAAACACAGGCCGCUUCCGCUGGCCCCGGGAGACCGGCCACCGGGAACAUCGUUGGCCGUCCGCAACACGGCCAAAAGGCUCGCGGAAGCCGCUGGGCUGACGACCACCCCGGAGCUCGGAAACCCGCCGCCGGCAACCAGGGAACCGGCCAAGAUGACGGCGGAAGCCGUGGCCGACGCAGCAUGGGCCAGCCGCUGCCAACGGGCUGCAACGAUGCCGGACCCGACGCCGACCCUGGUCACCGCGUGCACAAUAGACCAACCAGGGACAAAGGAGGUGAUAACGUACACCCUGGCAGACGGGACGGAUGUCCAAUUGUACACGGGAGUGAGGCGACACCGCCUCACGAAAAACGGCCGACGCUGGACCAUUAA